UCUCAGUCUCUCUCCACCGUGUAACCAAGCACCGGUGGAAAACAUACCAGGACGGCGGGAAGAUGCCUCCUAAACCAGCUGCUAAAGGAAAGAAGAGCCCCAAAUUAUCAAAAGCAGAGAAGGAAAAAUUGAAAAAAGAAGAAGCAGAGAAGAAGGCAAGGGAAGAGGAGGAGGCUAGGCUUCAAGCUGAACAGGAACAAAGGGAACGAGAAGAAAGAGAGAGGCAGGAAAGAGAAGAAAGGGAAAGACUUAGACAGCAGGAGAGUGCAAGGCACCAGGCUGAGGUAGAUGAACUCAAAGAAAAGAUUGAAAAUAAUACACAGCAGCUUAAAAGUCUAGUGGAGAGUGAGCGUGCAAAGGCCAAGUGGGAAAGGUACAUGCUCUGUGAUGGAAACCCUGAUCCACUCAACACACGUGAGCUCAGCACUUACAUGAACCUCUGGCGAGAUGAUAAAGAAUACAAGUCCGUUCCAGUUGUACUCAGUGAAAGUGAAGGAACUUUGAAGCUUAUUGGAGAGCUGGAGAAUUUUAUAUCCAUUUCAGAAGAAGAAGGAUUCACAGAAGAUGAGGUUCAAAGGCUUAAACAGGUACAAUUGUUCUUGGUAUCAUCAGUUUGAAUUUAACGGUCUGAAACAUGUAAGCAAUGCCUAACUUUUGCCCGCCCAUUUACAGAGAAUGGAUUGGAUGUGUAGCAGCCCCAUUUAAUUCUUUGUUAUUUUUUCCGUUUGUACGUGCAUUCUUUCUGUGAUCAUCGCAUUCUUUUUGUUUAUCUCGCUUUCACGUUAUCGAUAUUCUGUUAGGUUUUUUCACAUAAUUUUGUCCCCUUUUGUAUGCCUUUUUCUAGUUUAUUUGUGCAUUUUCAUUGCGACGCUACUGCCAUCUCGUUUCAUUUACCGCCCUGCCGCUUUCCUUUUACGUGUUCCUUACCUUCCUAGUCAUACAACGUUUGUAAAUAUUGUGUACCUUUGGUUCGUUAUUCUUGUUUCUUUUAUUGUAACUUCGCCUGUAACUUGUAAUUUAUUUUGUUUGUAGCAACCGCUCCCUUUUCAUCGCUUUCUUCGCCCUCCAUCAUUUAAUUGCACAUUUCAUCUUAUCGAUUUAAACCAAGUAGCGUGUUGAACGUUUGACUACAAUAGUAUGAUUGAAUUAAUUCAUCAGCAGAAUUGUAAUGUCAAAUACUUUAUUGAACUAGCUUGUUAGGUCAACUUAUUGGAGAGUGUUGGUCUUCUUCUUUUAAUGCAUUCCAGAG